AUGAAUGUCUGUAGGUUACGCUUAACAGUACCACCUGAUGAGGGCACACAGCCUGAACAGGGAGCAAAGGAACCUGACAGAAAGAAAAACCUCUACCAGGUACCAAAUGGCAUGUCUCCAGGGAAGCUCUCCCAUGGGAUGGUGUAUGGCGUUGUGCACCGAACUGACAACAACCAUAAGAAAGAAAUGGUGGUUUAUGGCUGGUCAGCUGAUCAGCUGAAAGAGGAGAUGAAUUACAUUAAAGAAGUGAGAGCAACUCUGGAAAAAGUAAGAAAGAAAAUGUAUGGUGAAUACGAUGAAAUGAAACGAAAAAUACAGCAGCUUACAAAUGAACUGAAAGUGACAAAUGCUCAUCAGGAAUCCUUAGAGAAUCAUGUGCGAGUGCAGGCUGCAGCCUUAGAUAGCUUUAGUGAAAUGAACAGCUCCUUGACAUCAGCAUCAAUAGACUUGCAGAAAACUCUAGUGGAUGUUACAUUGGAGAACACAGAUAUAAGGGAACAGAUAAGGAAUUUAAAACAUACGCAUGAGCAGUCUAUGGAAAAGCUGAGAGAGAAGCAAAAGCAACUGGAAACAGCACAAAUUGAAAAUCAGUUACUGAAAUUAAAG